AUGGAAUUCAUUCGGAGAUUUGGGCUCUUAGCAGUCUCGCGAUCUUGGACGAGGCCACCCAGGAAGCUUUUGUGGUCGCCGGCAUCCCUCCGUGCUCGACUGAAUCAUACGCAAACACCCUCGACUGGCUCGGCGAGCAUUGUGCUCCGCGAUUAUCAGGAAGAAUGUAUCCAAUCAGUCUUGAAAUACCUUGAUGAGGGCCACCGACGUCUCGGCAUAUCACUCGCAACUGGCGCAGGGAAAACAGUGAUUUUCACGCAGCUGAUCAGCCGCAUCCCGCCGCGCAGUGUCGAAGCGACCAAAACGAUGAUCAUCGUCCACCGACGCGAACUGGUUGAACAGGCAGCGAAGCAUUGUCGCCUUGCGUACCCCGACAAAAUUGUGGAGAUUGAAAUGGGAAACAGCGUCGCGACGGGGCACGGAGACAUCAUCAUCGCUUCAGUACAGACGCUUGCGCGAGGACGCAUCCAUAAAUUCGAUCCAAAUCUCUUCAAGUUGAUUCUUGUUGACGAAGCACAUCACAUUGUGGCGAGAUCAUACCGUGAAGCUCUGGGGCACUUUGGCCUAAAGGAACCAUCGGCAAGUGCGCCUGUCCUAGUCGGUGUUUCGGCCACAUUUGCACGGUUCGAUGGUCUCAAACUUGGAGCUGCCAUCGAUCACAUCGUUUAUCACAAAGACUAUGUCGACAUGAUCGGUGAUAAUUGGCUGUCAAAUGCAAUUUUUACCACGGUCAAGUCCGAAGCCAACCUCUCGGAAGUCAAGAAGGACAAGUUUGGCGAUUUCGCUCUUGGCUCUCUUUCCAAAGCCGUCAAUACAGCGACGACAAAUGACAUCACAGUGCGGGCAUGGAUGGCUAACGCUCAAGAUCGAAAGUCAACUCUGGUAUUCUGCGUCGAUGUUGAGCAUGCGAAGCAACUCACCGCUAGAUUCCGCGAGCAUGGCGUAGAUGCGCGGUAUAUCACUGCGAAUACUCACAAGACCGUGCGGUCAGAGCAGUUAGAAGCGUUCAGGAACCAGUAUUUUCCCGUGCUUCUGAACUGUGGUCUGUUCACGGAGGGCACAGAUAUACCUAAUAUUGACUGUGUUCUCCUUGCACGACCAACGAGGUCCAAAAAUCUUCUUAUCCAGAUGAUCGGACGUGGCUUGCGUCUUUACCCCGGGAAGAAGGACUGUCACAUCAUUGACAUGGUUGCCACACUGGCGACUGGUGUCUUGUCAACACCGACACUCUUUGGACUUCAUCCUGAUGAAGUACUCAACAAGUCUUCAGUCAAUGAUUUUCAGAAGGGACCAGCAGAAGAAGAACGCCUUUCUGAAUCAUUAGCCGCGGAGUCAGCAGAACCAGACGUUAGUCUUCAAUUUACGAAGUACGAUAGUAUCUACGACCUGUUGGAUGACUCGCGCUCAGAGAAGCACAUCCGCUCACUCAGUCCGAAUUCUUGGGUCCGCGUCGGCGACGAGAAAUAUCUACUUUCAGAAUCAUCUGGAUGGCUAAGUCUCGAAAAGGAAAAAAACAUGUACAAUGUGUACCACGUCAUGAAAUUCAACAAUCCGGCUACUGAGACGCCACAGUUCACGCGUCCUCGGCGCGUCGCAUCAGGGGAGGACUUGGAGACCGCAGUCCGGGCUGCAGACACCUACGCAAGCAACAAAUUCGACGAGCGGUACAUUGCAUCAUGGAAGCCGUGGCGACAGAAUCCCGCCACUGCAGGACAGCUUCAGCUCCUGAAUAAAGCCCGCAUCAGACAAGGCAAAUUACGACCCGACGACUUGACACGUGGUCAAGCGGCCGACAUGAUCACCAAGCUCAAGUUUGGUGGAAAGAAGCGCUUCAAAAGUAUCGAGGUCCAGCAGCGCAAAGCGGAGAGGAGAGAGAAAGCUCUGAAUGACUUUGCUGAGUUGCAAGAGAGGACUCGGGUCAAGGUUGGGCCUGUAGAGAACUAG